AUGUGGUUGGCUUACAGGUGAAAAUUCUGCAUCAUAACGACUCGGCGUAAGCGUACUACGCUGAGAUGGCGGCCGGUAACCAUAGUAACAUCGCAUUCAGGCAACGACAUUUGCACACACGCAUGAUACAGUGAGCAAUGUCUUGUAAGUUGUUGGCGGGAUUGUGCCUGCUAGGCGCUAUUUUGACCUCAUGUGCCGGCGAAGCGAUUGUGAGUCUGGACCCCGUGCCACUCUACGUAGAUGAAGGCGUGCAGUUCAACGUCACCGUCAGAAAAGCUGGCGAAAACUCGGCUCCUUUCUACGUUGUUGUGUUGAUUGCCAAUGCGACGGCAAGCAAUGAUUUUGCAGGCACCAGCCAAGUAGUUGAAUUUGAUCAAGGAUCUGGACCUGUUGUAAAACAUGCUACUUUUACACCAUUUGAUGACCAUAUACCUGAGAAGGAAGAACAGUUUAGGGUGGAACUGAGAGCGCAAGCACCGCGAAAUAUUGCAAAGGUUGUUGAGCCAAGUUCAGGGACUGUUGUAAUUAGAGCCAGUGAUGAUGCGUACGGGCAGUUUAGGUUCCUACAGACUGAUCCAGUAACAGUGACAGAGAGUCCUAGUGGUCCUACACCUGUAGUGUUCACUGUACAGAGAGAUGGAGGGACAUUUGACAAUGUGACUGUGAACUACCAGGUGUUUGCAGAAGAUGGCAGUGAGGAUGUGGCAGACGACAUAUCGCCCGCCCAGGGUAGCAUCUUGUUUCGUGCUGGGGAGAAGAACUUGCUGCUCACACUGUAUGUCCAACCUGACGACCUUCCGGAGAACACCGAAACCUUCCGCGUCGUACUAAACUCCGCGUCCGGUGGUGCGUCAAUCAAUCCUGCCGCCAACAAGACCGAAGUGCCAAUCAUCAUCAGCGCCAAUGAUGCUCCAUUGCGGUUUGCACAGUCUACGUUUGCUGUUGACGAGCUGGGUGGAACGCACGAUAUCGAAAUCGACGUUCUUAGAGGACUGGAAAUGGAUGGUGUCACUCCAACCGGCCCCGUGCAAGGCGGUGCGUCUGUCUUACUGAGUGUGAUAGCAGGCAGUGCGCACGAAGGACUUGAUUACAUAGCACGCAACCAAAGCCUGACGUUCAGCGGCGGAGUUACGCGUCAGAAAUUUCGCGUCACCAUUUUAAAAGAUGACAUACCAGAGAAUGCAGAGAAUUUCAAGGUCAUGCUAUCCCAUCCUGGUGGAGAUGCAGUCAUAGCGGAACCCAGCAAGAUGAACGUUAUCAUUAAAUCCAAUGAUGAUCACAAUGGUGUCCUGAGUUUCCUGUCGCCAGUGACCGGUAAAUCUCCAGCACUGACCGUGAGCGAGGAUAGCGCACCGUCCGUCGAGUUGACUGUUCUGCGCGGAGGUGGCUCAUUUGGUACAGUGACCGUUCAGUGGGAGGUGAUCAGAACUGAUAACGACAAUGAUCCAGUCAGUGCAGACAUGAACCCGACCGGAGGAAGGCUGACGUUCUAUGAAGGCGAGAAGGAAAAAGUAAUACGGUUCAGCGUUAAUCAGGACAGUCAACCAGAGCCAGCAGAGCAUUUUCUCGUGAGGCUGUUGCCGGGAAGUGUAACAGGUGGUGCUAGGCUUCAAAACCCAUCUGAGACAUCACUGUUUGUCUUGGAUAGUGAUGAUGCCCAUGGACUGGUGGAAUUUGGGCCAAACUCAUUGCAAACAUUGAACACGGCUGCAACAGUGAGACAUCUGUCACUUCUGCUUGUGAGAGGUGGUGGAAGCUUUGGGAACAUCUCUGUCGACUUUGUGGCUGAUUAUUACCCAGACCACAAUACGGACAAAACAGAAUCUGGAGUGCUAGGUACAUUUGCAUGCUCUGGUUGCCAUGCUGCUUCACCUAUUGUGCUAGCCGAUGGCCAGACAAGUACAAUCUUCACAAUUCCAAUCAUGGACACUGCUUUUCUGCGUGUUGGUGGCAGAUUUGAUGUCACGCUCUCGAGAGCGUCGCGUGUGCCUCCAGUUCCUGGGUCUCUAAGUCCGCGAAUCGGUCACAAAGAUAGAGCAUCAAUUCCUGUGCCUGCUGCCCUCGCCAAUGGAGAAAUAGGGUUUACAUCAGUAGAGACAAUUUAUGUUAAUGAACCGGAUGACAAGCCCUUGAUGGUCCCCCUGGAAGUGUCAAGAGAAGGAUUAGCAGGUGACGCAUAUGUUGUGUGGCGCUCUCAUAGCUCACAAGAUAAGGAUGGGCGCAGUACAUCAAAGGACAAUGGCAACAGAAAUGGCACUGUACUGAUUAAAUCUGGUUCAAAUAUGGGAUAUAUCAACAUAAAAAUCAUGCCGGACAAUGUGCCUGAAACAGAUGAAGAAAUUACAGUAAAUCUCAUAAGUGUACAGCCAGCCAAUCAGAAGCUACGAGAGAAUGCUAGGCAGGUGAAGGUUGUCGUGCGUGAAAACGAUGCACCUGGUGGCUCAUUUCAGUUUUCUCCAGCUAUGAAUCUCAGCUACCUGCUUGAGGAAGAUGGACCAGCACUAGAAGUGGCAGUAGAGAGGUCAGGUGGGAUGCUGGUGAAACGAGAGGUGCAGAUCUUUAUUAGUCCCAGCUCAGACCAGAAGAAUGAAGCAGAUGAGGAAUUCUAUGGUGGAACGAACGUGUUGAAAUUUGAAGCUGGAGAAAGGUUCAAAACAGCUACUGUCGUUGCUGUCCCAGAUGGAAUCCCAGAGCUGGAUGAGGAGUACGUGCUGCAAUUAAUCAGCUACGGGGAAAAGGUGUCCGACAUUGGUCCAAAAUCAGCUAUUAACAUCACCAUUUCUAAAAAUGACGAUCCUUAUGGCAUGUUCCAUUUCGAUGCCAGUGCUCUACGCCAUACUAUAGGAGAAAGUAAAGGCAAUAAUACCAUACGUGCAGAAUUUACGGUGAUGCGAGAUCGAGGCAAAUUUAGUCCAGUCACUCUGAAGUGGCACGUACUGCCUAAAGGGAAUACAGAUGUGACACCACUGAAUGGCACUGUUAGCUUCCAGGAUGGUCAGUCAGCAGCCACAAUGCUCCUGAGCUCUGCCCCUGAUGAGAUCCCAGAGGAUGAUGAGAAUUUCACAAUUGUGCUAGAGGAGCCAGAUGCAAGCAUGGAGUAUCGCCUCACAGCCCCUACAUCUGCUGUGCUCACCGUCAAGAAGAAUGACGACCCUGUGUUUUUUGCUGAUCCAGUGAACAAGUUUGCAGAAGAACCUGGUGUGGUACAGUUCACAGUGCGGCGAAAUGGCUCUAUAGAACACCCUGCAUCUAUUAGAUAUCGCACCAUUCCUGGGACAGCCAUUGCGAACCAGGACUACAUGGCGAUUGAUGGUGACCUCCUAGUAUUCCCAGCUGGCGUAUACGAGCGAGCCAUUAGUGUCGUUGUGAGAGAUGACGAGGAACCGGAGAAUGAUGAAAUAUUUUACAUAGAACUGUUUGGUGCAGAGGGAGAUGUAGUUGCAUAUACGCCAAAAGCGAAUGCAACGGUGAUGAUCUUAGCGAACGAUGAUGCAAAUGGAGUGUUCAGAUUUGUGCCACCAUUGAUUAUAACUGCCACUGAAGGAGAAACAUUAAAAUUUGGCAUCCAAAGGUUUGCUGGAAAUUUUGGAGCUGCACAGUUAUGGUGGCACAUCGUUGAAAACGGCACGAAUAAUGAAAUUCCACGGGAGACAGACUUUCGUCCUGUGUCUGGCUUUGUGCGAUUCCUCGAUCAGGAAGUUGAGAAACACUUCAGUGUCGAUGUGUUAGCUGAUGGCACCCCAGAGCAUGAUGAAUACUUUGACGUGAAACUUCACAACGUCACUGGGUAUGGUCCGAGUGGUCAAGAGGGCAGGCUGGCAGACGAGCAUCUUCGGGUCACAGUCAAAGUUUUUGGGAAUGAUGACCCAUAUGGCAUAUUUAUGUUCGACCCUGACACGCGAGACCAGUAUAUAGCGGAGGACUUUUAUCCGGGGUCGGAAGAUUCGACAGUGACAAACCUUACUGUGGUUCGACUGCAAGGUGCCUACUCGACUGUGCAGGUGCUGUGGGAGGUGUUUUCGGAUGCGAUUGCUGGUGACCUUCCGGCUGCGAAGGAUUUGCUGUUCCUGGGAGAUUACCCCGAAACAGUCACGGAAAGGCCGGACAUGCGACGGCCUCUCACAGGCACAAAGGUGUUGCAGUUUAGUGGAAGUCAAGGUGAUUACGUGACAAUCAGCCAGCAAUAUCAGCCACUGAUCUCUGACAUCGAAACCGGCUUCUCAGUCUCAACAUGGAUACAACCAGUGGCCCCUCAAGAUGGCUACAUUUUUGCAAAGACGUCAGACGAUGGUGCCAAGCAUUACUAUACCCUGCACUUGGAAGCUGACACGAUACAGUUUAAAGUAACCUUUGGUUACAGCUUGAUGAAUUCAAAGCAAGAUGGUCUGACUCAUCGAACAUUGUAUUGGAGUGAACGAAAGAACCUCUGUGAUGGCAAAUGGCAUCAGAUUUUAAUUAUGUUAGCUCGCGGUGAAGCAGAAUUCUACUUGAAUGGAUACUUUGUGGGACGCAAGCUGACUGGAACAACGCGAGUGAUAGAUGAGUCCGGCACAUUGCUUGUAGGUGGUAUUGUGCCGGGUGAUGUAAGCACUUAUGAAGGACUGAUGCAAGAUGUGAGAGUCUAUAACCGGAGAUUAGACCCUGGUGAGAUCGAGGAACUGAGCAGGGCACCCGCCAGGAAGGACGUGAAGCCAGUGUCGGGAUAUCUGACCUUCCUCCCGGGAGUCGCCUCACACAUGCUGCAGUUAGAGUCGGUUCAGGACAACGAGGAUGAGGGCAACGAGGUGUUCGCAGUCAAACUGUUGUCUGCGAGAGGAGGAGCACGGAUAACACGCGACGAUGGCAUCGGCAAGGUUACAGUCUUGAAGAGUGAUAACGCCAACGGGUUGUUUGGCUUCGAGGGUGACUGCACCCCGUCGCUAGCGCAGUCCGAAGGAGUGGACGUUGUCUGUACGGUGCAGCGAUCGUUCGGGGACGAGGGUGUUGUGACGGUGCACUGGACGGUCAUGCAGUGGAACGAGACGGCCGGAACGUACUUCAACGGGUCGGACUUCAGCGAGACUUCUGGCGUUCUCGAGUUUCUUCCCGGAGAGCGAACGCAGCGGUUGAACCUUCGCGUCGUGGACGACGCAGUGCCGGAGACGGUCGAGGUGUUCCACGUGCGGCUGGUCGAGGCGACGUCGGACGAUGGCGUCGCCGGGACGACGAACAUGAGUGGCGCCAGCAUCGACCCGCGCGGCAGCUACAGCACGGUCACCGUCGAAGCGAACGACUUCCCCUACGGCCUGCUGCAGUUCAUGGCUGGGAACGCCAGCCGCGUAGUUGGCGGCCUGAUCGUGCCGGCUACGGAAUCUCAGCAGAUCAGAACAACAGAGGAGAUUGCAACGUUGCCCAUCACUAUUGAAAGAGCACAAGGAUUGUUAGGAGAAAUCAGCGUGGAAUGGAGGACAGUUGAUGGCACCGCUGUCAGCUCUGGAAAAGUACCUCCUGAUUUUCAGAGGUCAAGUUCGAGUGCAGUGUUUCAACCGGGUGUGCAGUACAGAACUAUCAACAUCACCAUCCUAGACAAUGAUUUGCCUGAAGGAGAGAAGGAGUUUCAAGUGGAGCUGCUGAACCCAACCGGUGGAGCACAGAUAGGCGUUGGGUCGACUAUCAAGGUCAUCAUUGCUUCGUCGGACGAUGCAUAUGGCAUGUUCCAGUUUGCAGAUACAUCAUUAAGUGUUCAAGGACAAGAGUUAACAGAUAUUGGAUCUACACCUAUACAUCUCACGGUUCACCGGCUAGGCGGAACUAUCGGGCAAUGCUACUGGUGUACUGGAUAGGUAUUGUCCUGAUCCCGAUCAAUGAUAUAUUGAACACCAAACGGAGUCGUGUUCCUGCAGCCAGGGACAGAGGCAGAGUGGCUGAAUAUUGAA